AUGGCAACAUACUCAUCAGUCGGCGCGACCCUGGCCCGCGAAGAUCUCACGGACCACGCCGCCGCUUCCUCGACGCAGAAUCUGCAUUCGUGGUCUGGCAAAUAUCGCGGGGCCACCGUCGAAGACCUCGACCCCCCGCCAGCCCUCUCCGUCUCCCCCAACGACUCCAUCGCCUCCGCCCAACUCGCCGCCUACGAGCGCGACUACAGCCAUCUCACCGUGAUAUCCUCGAGCACACGGGCGCUAAUCGGGUACUUGAGCAUCCCGCGCUUGAAGACGCUUCUCCGCGAGGGCAAAGUGCAGGAAUCCGACCCCGUCAAGUCCGCCAUGCAACGCUUCAACCGCAAACGCUCAAAUGUCUACCAGGUGAUUACCAUGGACACGCCGCUGGAAGAGCUGGAGCGGUUUUUCAAGGGGGAGGCCAUGAAUCCGCCAAAGGAAGGGAUGCCGGCGGCGCAUCCGACGACGGGUAUGGGCGCGCAGGAUUUCGCGAUCGUGACGGAUCCAACGAGGAAGUUUGUGUUGGGUGUGGUGACGGAGGGCGAUUUGCGGGAGUUUGUGAGGAGGAGGCCUGCUUGA